UGAUUAAAACAUUUUAUAACAACUUUUUUCAUUUCAUUAUUUUUCUGCUUCUUAAAAGGAAGAAAAGAUAUUCAAUUCUAUAGGUUCCCGCGAGAAAAUUUCUAGCCGUUUAAUCUGCCAUGCUCUUACCCGCCAUUUUCAACGUUCCUCAAAUUCCUUCUCAUUCUGUUCCUUAUCUUCUUCAACCAUCUCCAUUACCCCAAAACAAGAAAAUCUCAAAAUUACCCAAAACCAGCACUAAUCACAGAACUACUUCUUGUUUCGUCUCAGAAAGGAACCCAAUUUCAUCCCAACAAUUAGAAGAUUAUCCAUUUUGUGGGAAAAACCCAGGUUGUAAUUUCUCUUCGAAAUCAGUUUUGAUUGAGCAAUUGGAAGACCCAUCUUUGGUUGGUUCAUGGAUUCAAUCUUGUUGUAAUGUGAAAGAAGUUAGAAGAAUACAUUCGAUUGUGAUAAAGGGGUAUGAGAAGUAUGUAGUGUAUGUAGAUAAUAAUUUGAUUAGUAUGUAUAUUAGAUUUGGUAAACUAAAAGAAGCAAGGAAUGUGUUUGAUAAAACGUCGGAAAGAAAUGUUGUUUCUUGGACUGCUGUUUUUAAUGGGUAUUCGAAAGUUGGGUUAGAUGAUGAUGAGGUGUUGAGGUUGUUUAAUGAGUUUGUUGUACAAGGUGGAAGAGGGAAUUGUCAGACGUUUGUUUGUAUUUUAAAUUUGUGUGGUAGAAGAUUUGAUUUUGAGUUGGGGAGACAAAUACAUGCUUGUAUUGUAAAAGGGAAUUGGAGUAAUGUGAUUGUUGAUAGCGCUGUUGUGUAUUUUUAUGCGCAGUUUGGUGAUUUGUCUGGUGGGUUUCGAGUGUUUGAUAGAAUGCAGGAACGUGAUGUUGUCUGUUGGACAACAAUGAUAACUGCUUGUGCACAACAUGCACAUGGAGAGAAAGCUAUUUCGUUGUUUUCAAGGAUGUUGUCUGAGGGUUUCCGUCCGAAUGAGUUUACGGUUUGUAGUGUUUUGAAGGCUUGUGGGGAGGAAAAAGAAUUGUUGUUCGGGAGACAACUUCAUGGAGUAAUUGUUAAGAAAAUGAUUAAGAAUGAUGUGUUUAUUGGGACUUCUUUGCUGGGUAUGUAUGUUAAAUGUGAGGAGGUACAUGAUGCUAGGAGAAUUUUUAAUGGAAUGAGAAGGCGGAAUAUGGUUACUUGGACUUCUAUGAUUUCAGGGUAUGCUCAAAGUGGACUUGGUGAGGAUGCCAUAAAGUUGUUUCGUGUAAUGAAAAGACGGCAUAUAUGUGUGAAUAAUUUAACUGUCGUCAGCAUUCUUCAAGCUUGUGGUUCAGUUGGGGCUUCCAAGACUGGGAAGGAAGUUCAUGCACAGAUUUUAAAGAAUUCAAUAGAAAACAAUAUCUUUAUAGGGAGUACACUUGUAUGGUUUUAUUGCAAAUUUGGAGAGUACGGUUAUGCAGCGAAAGUUCUUCAGUUGAUGCCUGAUAGAGAUGUUGUUGCAUGGACUGCGAUAAUCUCUGGAUGUGUUCAUCUAGGUCAUGGCGUUGAAGCUCUACAAUUCUUGAAACAGAUGUUAUUGGAAGGUGUGGAACCAAACCAGUUUACUUAUACCUCUGUCUUGAAAGCUUGUGCGAAGAUAGAUGAUGUUUUGCAAGGAAAAUGGAUACAUUCCUCUGUCAACAAGACAAAAACUUUGCCUGAUGUAUUCGUUGGAAGUGCUCUUAUUGAUAUGUAUUCGAAGUGCGGCCAUGUUUCAGAGGCAAUUCAAGUUUUCAGUAGCAUGCCCGAGAAGAACUUUGUUUCAUGGAAGUCGAUGGUUAUAGGAUAUGCAAGAAAUGGCCAAUGCAAUGAGGCUUUACAGCUCAUGUAUCGGAUGAAAGCAGAAGGCUUUGAGGUGGAUAACUACAUUAAAACAACAGUUAUCAGUGCAUGUGGGGACAUUGAUUGGGAUUUGGAGUUUGACCAAUGCAUUCACAAAUAGGUGACAUGUUCUAAUAUAAGUUCGAAUACAAAUUGGUGAAGAAAUGAUACCGUCAGAAUUACAGAUUAUAGUGAUUCGUUGCGGGGAUUUCUGGUAAUAAGGGAAUAUGAGCCUCAAUGAGCACCAACAGAAAUUGGUCGGAUAUUUGAUGUGUUGGCUCAAGAUUAAUCUAUACUUACUCCUAAAUUAUCUCAUUGGAUAUGGCAAUGUCCUAUGACAUCCUGUGAUUGAAAUCCUGCAACUUGAGUCAGACAUACCAUAUGCACUUCAACAAGCGAAUAAUGCUCAUUAAGGUCGGCUGCACACUACCAAUAUUUCUAUUUCCAUCUGAGCCUAUGGAUGCUUGUGAAGGUACUAUACAAGCGUUCCGAUACUUCUACACUAUUUGGUAAUGACUGCUGGUAAUUCAUUCAAUCAACAUGCUUUGGCACCUCUGGAUAUUCACAGGCCAUGGAAGCUUGUAAACCAUACAAGGUAUCUAAACAUUCUGCAAACCUUUUUUCCUUUGUAUCAUUUACUGCAAUCUGUAACUGUAGACUAAUUGCUACCAAUGUUGUUGAUAAUCAAGUUGUUACAUAUACAAGAGAAGGUGAUUUACCUUUGUUUCCUUGUUCUCAUAGUAGAUGCUCUUGUUAACAGAAGCACACAUCCAACUUUCUACCAAUUUGUAAAUGCAUGUAUUUGUUUCUGGGGUAUGAAAUGCUAUUCCGAGGAAUAUGGUUCCAUUCCUUUGCCAGUUGCUGGGUUCUGCUUAGGUCUUAUGGAUAAUCUUGCAGCAAAAUAAAUUACCAUUUGCUGUUUAAUCC